UUGGAGGUUAAAGGCUGUCCUUGCUCAGAUGGUUGGUGCACUUUCCCCUUCUCCUCCCCUUCCAUCCCGGUCAUGUACCGCUGACUAUGGUGGAGCUCUUGCACCGACUCUGUGGUGUCACUGCGCUGGGAGCCGCUGCUCGGAGACUCGGCUCAUUGUGUUUUUACUCUAGAGGUGCCAUUAGGCAACCUGAGACCCUUCUCAAGGCAGGGAUGAAGGUUGAACUGUUGCCAGCACUGCAGGAUAACUAUAUGUAUCUCCUCAUUGAUAAGGAUUCCGGAGAGGCCGCGAUAGUCGACCCUGUGGAGCCACAGAAGGUGGUCGCUGCAGUUAAAAAGCACGGUGUAAAGCUGACCACUAUCCUCACCACACACCAUCACUGGGACCACGCUGGGGGAAAUGAGGAUUUGGUGAAGAAAGUGCCUGGCCUCAAGGUCUAUGGUGGCGACGAUCGCAUUGGAGCUCUCACCUGCAAGGUCACACACAAGAAGAAGUUCCAGGUUGGCUCGUUGAAUGUGGAGUGCCUGUUUACUCCUUGUCACACAACAGGACAUAUCUGCUACUUUGUGACAAAAGAUAAUAGUACCGAGGCCCCCGCUGUGUUCACUGGUGACACACUCUUUGUUGCUGGUUGUGGUAAGUUCUUUGAAGGGUCGGGCGAGGAGAUGUAUCGAGCCCUGAUCGACAUCCUCGGCAGCCUGCCACAUGAAACCAGGGUGUACUGCGGCCACGAGUAUACAAUCAACAACCUUAAAUUUGCACGACAUGUUGAACCAAAGAAUGCAAUGAUCAAACAAAAGCUAGCUUGGGCUAAGGAACACUACAAUCUUGGAAAUCCUACCAUCCCAUCCACCAUUGGAGAGGAGUUCAGUUAUAACCCUUUCAUGAGAGUCAGGGAAAAAAGUGUGCAGGACCAUGCUGGGAAGAAGGAUGCAAUUUCCACAAUGGAUGCAAUCAGGAAAGAAAAAGACCGUUUUAAAGCCCCGGUGGAUUAAUUGAAAGAAGCCAAGCGAUUUAAGUGACUUUAUACCUGAGCAAAAAGUCCCAGUCACUUCCCACUGACACCUGUCUGCCCUGUUUUACCGAAGCAUGGAAAGCAAAUGUUACAUCAUAAAUGAAUUGCCAGGGAUUGAAAGAACACAUCUCUGCCGAUGACCGCACAGCGUCGCAAUCUGAAAGUAGCCGCGGUCUCCCGGGCUCUCUGGACAAAGAUUAUGGAGCAAAGGAUCACUAAAUGUGUAAAUAAAUGAAAUCAGAUUCUUUCUAUAGCCGCAUGCAGUCACUUUAUUUUAGAAACAUAAUUCUAUUCCUGCUAUGUUCUGGGCACUGAAGCCCGUUUGCACAGUGGCGCAGCAUGUAGAGCUGCUGCCUCACAGUCCCGGGUUCGAUCCUGACUUCAGGUGCCGUGCUGUCUGUGUGGAGUUUGCACGCCCUCCCUGUGACCGCGCGUGUUUCCUCCGGGUGCUCCGGUUUCCUCCCACGACCCCAAGACGCGCGGGCUUGCAGGCUAAUCGGCCACUGUAAUUUGUCCCCAGUGUGAAGGGAGUGGAUGAAAAAGUGGGAUAGCAUAGAACUAGUGUGAGCGGGUUGAAUGGUUGACGGGUUCGAUGGUCAGCAUGGACCCGGGGGGGCUGAAGGCUCUGUUUCCAGGUGCUGUAUCUUUCAAUCCCUUCGAUCAAUUUGAAGUAGCUUCAAGCUUCUGAUUUACAAAAUCCUAAAUACAAAAAUAUAUUUGUAUCCUACUGGUCCCAAUGCGAGUGUGAAAAAGAGUGAAUAGUAAAAGUAAAAAAUUAGAUGAUUUUGAAUUAAAUGUAAUCAUAUUGAAUUUUCGCAAUUAAUUUUUGCGAUUCAUUUAAUAUCAGUUAAGAAUGUCGCUGUGGGAAGGAACAAAAACUGAUGUCAUUAAAUAAAAUCCAGAGUGAGUUUGAAUGUGA